UCUGACGGUUGUAUAUUAGUAUAUUUGAAUAGUGUGAGCGCCAAGUUUAUUGUGAACGUUGAACCAAAGAAAAUGCUACGCUUUACGAUAUUAGCCGCAGUGGUGGUGUUCGCCUCAGGCGCGCCCCAGUCCAACUUCAUCUUCAAGAAUGACAUCACUCCUGAGGAAGCACAGCAGUACCUGAAACAACUGCCGUUCACCUCACCCCAGCUCGCUGGACGCACCGCUGUACUGCCCCUGGUUCGUUACGAUGACCCUAGGUUUCGUUCAGCUGAAGCUGGCCCAACCCUUGGACAUUACUGGAAGAAUGGAGAGGAGAUCAAGAAUACAGAAGACUACUUAGAAGAGGUCUACGACGCAGCCCAGUACCACGGCCAGGACGGUCUAGGUAAUUACGCCUACGGAUACGAGACCCCUGAAUCCUCGAAGGUUGAGAACCGUGAAGGUUCUGGAGUUGUCCAAGGAUCCUACGUGUACCAAGUCCCCGGAAUGAAGGAUCUCGUCAAGGUCCGUUACUGGGCUGACAGCCAAGGUUUCCACCAGGAAGACAACCUUCCCAAGGUCGAGCUGAAACCCGCUGAAGAGACCCCAGCUCUUAGGGAAGCCCGUCUUGCUUUCGAAAAGGCAUGGAAGGAGGCAGCUGAAGCCAACUCCCACCAACCCACCGUCCAGCCCGCCAUCAACGUGAACCAAUACGGUAACUACCAGGCUCAAGCCUCCGAACCUGACGCGGUUGUGGUCGCCGCCCCCGAGGCCAACCAAGCUCGUGAUGGCAAAGCUCUAGCGUAUGCCCAAGCACAAACCUACCAACAGGGCAAACAAUACGCACAACAGAAAUACGGACAGCAGGAACAGCAAGUCGGCCCUGAUGGCAAAUACGAAGAACCUGAACCUACUGGUCCCCCUCACGGUUUCUUCUACAGCUUCACCUACCCCGUGUCCAUCAUCGUCCCCAAGAAGGACUUGGAGGCCUCCAACUAUCCAGUUGACCACGACACCGUUGGAGUCGGCCACCAAUAAAUAGCUGAACCUUGACAUUUUUGAAUAAUUCAAGUUAUGAUGAUGUCUAGUUAUUAGUUAACCCGUAGAAAGUUUCGACACUAUUUAUUGUCAUCAAAUGCUGAAUUUUUAAUACUAAAAAGUCAAAAGUACCUGCUUCGACUUUAUAUCACCGUUUUAAUUCAUCGUUCAUUUGAAACUAUAAGUAGUCGUAAACUUUCUAGGCGUUCGAUAGUUCUUUGGUUUCGCUCAUUGAUAGUUCAGUAGGUUGGAACCAAAAUGGUCAUCAUGAUAUUAGUUUUAUGAGUCCCUUAGUUAGCCGAUAGUCUAAUGAGGUAGUUUGUAUGACACUAGUAACCUAAUUACGAGCGUACUAAAUGUUUUGUCAUUAGAUUAUCGACCUGUACUACAUACGUUGCCAUUUUAGGAGCGAAAUAAUCGCUUCGCCUUUUAUAUCCUAAGUAGCAAAAUUGAAAGUGGAAUUUUGAUUUAAAUCUAUUUGUCUUUUAUGUUAUAUGUUUUUUAUUCUUUUUGCUACUUUGGAUUGAUUGUAUCUUCAAAAGUAUGAUUGGAGUUUGAUAGUGUAACCUGUUUAAAGUUAUUAACAGAAUUAAAAGUUAGUUUUUAGAAUCUCACUUCCACCUGGUUAGACUCUUGAACUCAAUCAUGCUAAAAGUUAAGUUUUGUUACCAUACGCCUAGCUGUAUUGUAAAAUAUAUGUAUUUUAUUUAAGGCCUCAGUUAAUUGUAGCAAUCUGUAAUUUUAUUAUUUUCUAUAAUAAUAAAGCAUUUUGCAUAAA